AUGGCUCCCAGCAUUAGCUGGUGUACCUUGGCGCUGGCCAUUGCUGCCAUGGCGCCUGCGGUCCACGCCGAUAUUUGUUCGACACUCGAGCAGGCCGGAAUUGAUAUCGAGUAUCCUCUCUCGCUGGACUAUUCGAGUGACCUGACCAAGUACUGGUCGGCUGCAUGCGGAGACCUGAAGCCCACAUGCAUUGCGGCGCCAGCUAGCGCGGAAGAAAUGUCGCAUGUCAUCACCGAGUUGCACAACUUCGAGACGCUCUUUGCUGUCAAGUCUGGUGGACACAUGCCUAACAAUGGUUUCGCCAGUAUUGAGGAUGGACUGCUUGUUUCGACCAAAAACCUUGACCAGGUUUUCUAUAACCCCGACGAUGAAACUGCCGUCAUUGGACCCGGUCUAUCCUGGGAGCAGGCGCAGAAGGGAUUGGAUGGUACUGGCCGUGCUGUUGUCGGUGGCCGACUUGGCGGUGUUGGUAUUGGAGGCUAUAUGCUCGGAUGUGGAAUGAGUUUCUUGAGCACCCAGUACGGAUGGGCUGCAAACAACGUGGCCAACUACCAGGUCGUUCUGGCCAAUGGCACGAUUGUCGAUGCCAAUGAGAUGGAGAACGUCGAUCUUUACCACUCAUUGAAGGGCGGCGGCAAUAACCUCGGUGUUGUCACUGCGUACACUAUGCAAACACACCCUAUCGGCCAGGUCUGGGGUGGCAACUACAUCUUCACUGCCGACAAGACUCCCCAGGUGUUGGAGGCUCUGCGCAAUUUUGUGGACGACUACCCUGAUGAGAAGGCCGCUAUUAUCCUGACCUCCGAGCAUGGAGCAGUCAUCGACUUCUGGAUCAUGUUCCUCUUCUACGAUGGACCUACGCCUCCGGCGGGUGUCUUUGACGAAUUCACUGCGAUUGAUCACACCUCUACGGCCAAGACCUGGGAUAGCUACUAUGACCUGUUGAAGAACAACGACUUCUUCAUUCUCCAUGGACAACGCUACACCAUUGCCACCGAAACCACUCCCGUCCCCAGUAAAGCCGUUGGCUCUUCCGUGCUGCAGGAGUACUACGACCACUGGUACAACGUGACCGAGUCCGUCCUCGCAGUCCCCGGCGUGCUUGGCUCGAUCGCCUUCCAGCCCGUGCCGAAGGCCUUCUCUCAAAAAGCCGUCGAGCGUGGCGGUGACCUUCUCUCCGUCCCAACCGACACCAACUACAUUUUCAUCGAGCUCGACUUCUCCUACGCCUUUGCCGCAGACGACGAGAAGAUUGACCAAGCCAACCAAAAUCUGUAUGGCGGCAUGGGCAAUCUUGUCCAAAAGAACAUUGACGAGGGUCGCCUUCCGGAUGUCUACCGACCUCUCUUCAUGAAUGAUGCCUAUUUCCGACAGGACUACUGGGGCCGUAUCAAGCCCGAGUCUAAGCAGUAUGCGCUGGACGCUCGCUUGCGCUAUGAUCCUGAUGGGUUCUUUCAGAAGCGGACUAGUGGUGGAUGGCGUCUGGAGGAGUAA